AUGAAGCUCUCUGUCCUUGCCACCAUAGCCUCCGUGUUGGUGUCCGUGUCUGGUUUGGCCACUCCUGACAAGAGAUCCUUUGAUUAUCAAAAUGAGAAAGUUCAAGGUGUGAACUUGGGUGGUUGGUUCGUUCUCGAGCCUUACAUCACUCCUUCUUUGUUCCAAGCCUGUGGCAGCAACGUUCCAGUGGACGAAUACCAUUUCACAAAAGCUUUAGGUAAGGAUCAAGCCUCCCAGGUUUUGCAGAAGCAUUGGCUGUCGUGGUACACCGAGUCUGACUUUGAGGCCAUUGCUAAAGCUGGCUUGAACACUGUUCGUAUUCCUAUCGGUUACUGGGCCUUCCAGACGCUAAGCAACGACCCUUACGUCCAAGGACAGGUGCAAUACUUUGACCAGGCUAUUCAAUGGGCCAGAAACCACAACUUGAAGGUUUGGGUGGACUUGCACGGUGCCCCAGGCUCCCAGAAUGGUUUCGAUAACUCGGGUUUGAGAGACCAGAUUCAGUACCAACAGGGCCAGAACAUCGAGCUCACCUUGACUGUUUUGCAACAAAUUUUCGACAAGUACGGUACCGAUGACUACAAGGACGUUAUCUCCGGUAUCGAGUUCCUUAACGAGCCUUUGGGUCCUGCGUCUGACAUGAACCAACUCAAGAACUUCUACAACUGGGCCUACAACAACAUGCGUUCUGUGUCUACCAACAAUGUCAUUAUUCAUGAUGCUUUCAUGCAACCAAACUACUGGGACAACAUCAUGACCGUCAACCAAGGCUUCUGGGGUAUUGUCGUUGACCACCACCACUACCAAGUGUUCAGUGCCAAUGAGCUUUCCCGUAACAUCGAUCAACACGUCGAGGUGGCUUGUGGAUGGGGUAAGGCUGCCAAGGGCGAAUCUAAGUGGAACGUCUGUGGUGAGUUCUCUGCUGCUCUUACCGACUGUGCUAUGUGGUUGAACGGUGUAGGUCGUGGCGCUCGUUGGUCUGGAGACUAUGACAACUCUCCAUACUAUGGCUCGUGUCUGGACUACGUCAACCCUCAAAACUGGAGCCAGAACCAUAGACAGAACAUCCGUAAGUACAUGGAAGCACAACUCGAUGCCUUCGAGCAGACCGGUGGUUGGAUUUUCUGGAACUGGAAGUGUGAGGACGCCAUUGACUGGGACAUGAGCCGCUUGAUCCUGGAAGGUGUGUUCCCACAACCAUUGAAUUCCAGACAAUACUGGAACCAGUGUGGCUUUUAA